AAUAAUAAAACGUUCCGCACAAUAUACACACUCUGUAAAAUCUUAUCUUAGAACUUCUCAGAAAGGUACAUUUAUAAAUAACAAUACACAACGCUACAAUAAAUACAUACUAUUUUUAACUGACUACAAUGAACCUAUAACAGUAAUAUAAAAUUAAAUGUAUUAUACUCGUAUUUAUAUCAUCAUAUUGGAAGACCCUUGUUAUUUGAAGACCUUUGGGGGUUGAUUGCUUCCCGCUUCCGUAGGUUUAACCCGCGAUUCCCUACAAGUGACCCCUGGGUGGUGCAAAACGGGAGCCGAAUACAUAAUCGGUGGUAGGACUUGUCCGACUGGCUGGCGACCACCCUCCAACUAGAGUCCGCCGCCAAAUAGCCUAGCUGUGUUCCGGCGUGUGGGUUGGAGAGCCAGUGUUAUUCCUUCCCUUUCCUCUUCCUUGUUGGGGGUGAAUCUUGGCGAUACCUGGAACAUGCGGAGCAGACGUGCGUGUGAGCUCGCGGGACGUGAUUGUUUGACGGGGGUAUAGGGAGACCCAGUGAAACGGUGUUCGCCGCCGCCCGCCGGUCAGUUGGGGACCUGAACCCGGGUGUCACUACUAAACUCCGCCCCGGGAAGCUGUCCCGCCAACCGGUGUAAAAUCCUGUCGUGCGGUCGUCGUGCCGGAGUCGGAGACCGGAGUGGAUCCCGGCGAUCGCACGCAGGGUGGACUGGGGGCCCUUCCAUGCCCUGCGUCAGUCGCUCACGCAACCCGUGGUCGAGCACGUACUGUGCUCCGCGCUUUAUUCAGGUAUUGUCACGAUUUCGCCUCGAACAUCCUACCCCGCCCAAUCCCACUCUCCAAAUAAAAAAAAUGAAAGUUCGAAAAAGGAAAAGGGUUUUGUCGGCGACUCCCCAUUCCACAUUUAAUGUGGAUUUCAGCAAUGUAAGGGGUCUACAUAGUAACCUCGACGCCGUACACCACCAUCUUGAGACGGCGCAGCCUGCCCUUCUUUUUCUGACGGAGACGCAGAUAUCUGCUCCGGAUGAUACUUCGUACCUUGAAUACCCCGGCUACGUAUUGGAGCACAACUUCCUGCGUAAAGCCGGGGUGUGUGUAUUCGUCCGGGCUGAUGUCUGUUGUCGCCGUCUACGAAGCCUCGAACAACGGGACCUGUCCCUCUUGUGGCUGCGCGUAGAUCACGGGGGCUGUACCCGAGUCUACGCGUGCCUGUACAGGUCCCACAGCAGUGAUGCAGGUUCAGCUCUGAUAGAGCAUGUGCAAGAGGGGACUAACCGCGUGCUUGAGCAGUACCCAUCUGCGGAGGUGGUGGUUCUUGGAGACUUUAACGCUCAUCACCAAGAGUGGUUGGGGUCCAGAACCACUGACCUCCCGGGUCGGGCUGCCUACGAUUUCGCCUUGGCCUACGGCCUCUCCCAGCUGGUGACACAGCCCACCCGUGUCCCAGAUAUUGAGGGGCAUGAGCCUUCUCUGUUGGACCUUCUGCUGACCACCGAUCCAGCCGGAUACAGUGUGGUGGUCGACGCUCCACUUGGAUCGUCUGAUCACUGCCUUAUCCGUGCUGCCACACCACUCUCUCGUCCUAGUCGUCGAACGACGACCAGGUAUCGAAGAGUUUGGCAGUAUUUGUCAGCAGAUUGGGAUGGUUUGCGUGAGUUUUACGCAUCCUACCCAUGGGGGCGGUUCUGCUUUUCCUCUGCUGAUCCUGACGUCUGUGCGGACCGUCUUAAAGACGUGGUGCUCCAGGGGAUGGAAUUGUUUAUUCCCUCCUCUGAAGUGCCCGUUGGGGGUCGCAGCAGACCCUGGUAUAACAAUGCCAGCAGGGAUGCUGCACACCUCAAGCGGUCCGCAUACGUGGCAUGGGAUGAUGCUAGGAGACGUCGGGAUCCUAACAUCUCAGAGGAAAGGCGGAAAUAUAACGCCGCUUCCAGGUCCUACAAGAAGGUUAUUGCCAGGGCGAAAUCGGAGCACGUUGCUAGAAUUGGCGAGCGACUGAAGAGCUAUCCCUCUGGGAGCCGUGCUUUUUGGUCGCUCGCCAAAGCUGCAGAAGGUAACUUUUGCAGGUCUAGUCUCCCACCACUACGCAAGUCCGAUGACAGUCUGGCCCAUAGUGCGAAAGAGAAGGCUGACCUUCUGGUCAAACUCUUCGCCUCGAACUCGACUGUGGACGACGGGGGUGCCACACCACCGAACAUCCUCCGGUGUGAUAGUUCCCUGCCGGAGAUCUGCUUUACACAGUGUGCAGUCAGGCGGGAACUCCGACUCCUGGACGUCCAUUAGUCGAGCGGGCCAGACGGCAUCCCUGCAGUGGUUCUGAAAACGUGCGCCCCUGAGCUGACGCCUGCGCUAACGCGUUUGUAUCGCAUCUCUUAUUGCGCUAACAGGGUUCCGUCUUCAUGGAAGACUGCCCACGUCCACCCUAUCCCCAAGAAGGGUGACCGGUCGGACCCAUCGAGCUAUAGGCCUAUCGCGAUAACUUCCUUGCUUUCCAAGGUGAUGGAGCGAAUAAUUAAUAUACAACUCCUGAAGUAUCUGGAGGAUCGCCAGCUGAUCAGUGACCGACAGUACGGUUUCCGUCACGGUCGCUCAGCUGGCGAUCUUCUUGUAUACCUUACUCACAGGUGGGCUGAAGCCUUGGAGAGCAAGGGCGAGGCUCUUGCUGUGAGCCUUGAUAUCGCGAAGGCCUUCGACAGGGUCUGGCAUAGGGCACUUCUGUCGAAGCUACCAUCUUACGGAAUCCCCGAGGGUCUCUGCAAGUGGAUCGCUAGCUUUUUGGAUGGGCGGAGCAUCACGGUCGUUGUAGACGGUGACUGUUCUGAUACCAUGACCAUUAACGCUGGCGUUCCACAAGGUUCGGUGCUCUCCCCCACGCUUUUCAUCCUGUAUAUCAAUGACAUGCUGUCUAUUGAUGGCAUGCAUUGCUAUGCGGAUGACAGCACGGGGGAUGCGCGAUAUAUCGGCCAUCAGAGUCUCUCUCGGAGCGUGGUGCAAGAGAGACGAUCAAAACUUGUGUCUGAAGUGGAGAACUCUCUGGGGCGAGUCUCCAAAUGGGGUGAAUUGAACUUGGUUCAAUUCAACCCGUUAAAGACACAAGUUUGCGCGUUCACUGCGAAGAAGGACCCCUUUGUCAUGGCGCCGCAAUUCCAAGGAGUAUCCCUGCAACCUUCCGAGAGUAUUGGGAUACUUGGGGUCGACAUUUCGAGCGAUGUCCAGUUUCGGAGUCAUUUGGAAGGCAAAGCCAAGUUGGCGUCCAAAAUGCUGGGAGUCCUCAACAGAGCGAAGCGGUACUUCACGCCUGGACAAAGGCUUUUGCUUUAUAAAGCACAAGUCCGGCCUCGCGUGGAGUACUGCUCCCAUCUCUGGGCCGGGGCUCCCAAAUACCAGCUUCUUCCAUUUGACUCCAUACAGAGGAGGGCCGUUCGGAUUGUCGAUAAUCCCGGUCUCACGGAUCGUUUGGAACCUCUGGGUCUGCGGAGGGACUUCGGUUCCCUCUGUAUUUUGUACCGUAUGUUCCAUGGGGAGUGCUCUGAGGAAUUGUUCGAGAUGAUACCGGCAUCUCGUUUUUACCAUCGCACCGCCCGCCACCGGAGUAGAGUUCAUCCAUACUACCUGGAGCCACUGCGGUCAUCCACAGUGCGUUUCCAGAGGUCUUUUUUGCCACGUACCAUCCGGCUAUGGAAUGAGCUCCCCUCCACGGUGUUUCCCGAGCGCUAUGACAUGUCCUUCUUCAAACGAGGCUUGUGGAGAGUAUUAAGCGGUAGGCAGCGGCUUGGCUCUGCCCCUGGCAUUGCUGAAGUCCAUGGGCGACGGUAACCACUCACCAUCAGGUGGGCCGUAUGCUCGUCUGCCUACAAGGGCAAUAAAAAAAAAAAAAAAAAAAAAAA